AUGGGCUCUCAGGCGGCCCCGGAACACGACACGAUGGUCUCGUUUGCUUCACUAGAUCUGCUGCUGCUGACGUUCAACUGUGCCAAGUCGGCCAUCGAGGUGCCGGUGUUUGCAGCCCAUUUGCAGGAGGCCUUGUCGCCAAAGGAGACGGGCACGACACUGCCGGAUCUUGUUGUCUUCUCUCUGCAGGAAGUAGGCCCGCUUGGCCAUGCCUUUGUGGGCUCGUACUUCUUGUCGCCGUACCUGGCGCGGUUCGAAGAGGCGCUGAACCGGGCAGCAUCGGAGCUGGACGGCGAGGGCGAGGGCGAGGGCGAGGGCGAGGGCGAGGGCGAGAGCGAGAGCGAGGAGGAAGUUUCAGAGCAGACAGCUGCAGAGUCGGACACAGGGCAGACGCCGCUGGUGGCGACACAGAAAGGCGGUGCCAAGAUGAAGCCGUACCAGCUGGUGCGGCAGGCAAACGUGGGGAUGACGGCAGUACUGCUGUUUGCACGGGAUGCAACCCUGGUGCGCAGCGUCGAGGUGGCCGAGUGCGGCUUUGGAGUGGCUGACAUGGGAAACAAGGGAGCCGUGGGUCUGCGGGUGGCUUACGGUUCGGCUGGCUCGGACGCAUCGGAGCUGACGUUUGUGGCAACGCAUCUGGCGGCGAUGGAGUGGAACGUGCGGCGGCGCAACGCCAACUGGCGCAGCAUCGUGGCAGGGCUGACGUUUGGCAACCCGCACGACGCGAUCGCGGCGGCCGGAGCAGAGCAUGAGCGAGGGUCACUGCAGGCGCUGGGUCGUGGGCGACAGGGCCGGACGCGCGACGAGGCGGCCAGCGCGCCCCAGACGCCCGAGGAGGAGGCCGAGGCCGAUGCGGCCGACGCAGCCGGCGAUGAUGCCUGGCUGCUGCUGGGAGGAAGUGAAGGGGUGGGGGGUGAUGCUGGUGGCCGAGAGGAAGACGGACGAGCGGCCGGAACGGCAGCGGAAACGACAGACAGCCUGGCUCUUCGUUCGGCCGACAUCCGGCGGCGACUGCACGACAUGUCCAUCUUCCGGCCGGACAGCCUGCUGUUCGUCGCCGGCGACCUCAACUACCGCACGGAGGCGACGAGGCCUCCGGCCGGCGCCGUCUUUCCUACGACCAACACGUGGUCGGACUUCUUGGCACGUGACCAGCUCAAUCAGGAGCGGCUUACCGGUCGCACCUUCCACGGCAUGCGCGAGGCCGUCAUCACGUUUCCGCCGACGUACAAGUUUGACGUGCUCGAGGGAGCCGAGGCCGCGGUCGAGGCGCAGAACGCGGCCGAGAUCCGGGCGUGGCGGGAGACGCAUGGUGAAGGCGAGGGUGAGGACGGCAGCAGGGCGCCAGUGCCGUGGAAGUACGCGUCGCAUCGAUGGCCCAGCUGGUGCGAUCGGGUGCUGUACCUGGACGUGUCGGCGGCGGCGAAGCGGCGGUGGCGGCGGAAGAAUGGCAGCAGUAGCAGCAGCAGCAGUAGCAGCAGCAGCCAGCCGGAGGUGCAGGUGGCGCGAUACGCAUCGCUGCCGGUGAUGCGGACGAGCGACCACCAGCCGGUGUUUCUGCGGGCACGCGUGCCGCUGCUGGGCCGACGAGGUCGACAGGAGGCCGACGAGAGCGGGAGCGAGAGCGGGAGCGUCGAAGAGGCAGAAGAUGCGGAUGCGGAUGCGGUGAGCCCGGAAGGCGAGGCAGGGGCCGUCCGUGAUCCGCGCAGCCACCUGCCCGUGCCCAUCGACACGGACGCGUGGGAUCGCCGGACACAGGCACGACGGCGCGAGCUUCUCGCCGGCUGCGGCAUGCUGCUGUUCAACACACGGGGUGGAGCGAUUGCGAUUGCCACGGCCGUGGUGCUGACCGUGGGCACGUACUGGGUCUGGGUCGGGAUGGUGCAGUAG